AUGGAAGGGCAGGAAGGCCUCAAGAGGUCCCAAUUUUCAAGCAGAGAAUUUGGAAUGUCUCGUACUAGGAAACAUCCUGCUUUAGCAAGAAGAUAUCCUUCUGGACAUCAGAAGCGUAAAAAAAGAAGCAAAAUAGAAAAAUUUGUAGAGUCUCAGAGUGGGGCAAUGGAUCAAUUUGUUGAAAUAAUACCGGGAAAUCCGUCACUUAAAGAUUUAGCUAAUGAAGAAAAAAAUGUUGGUGAUGAAUUAGAUGAUGGGUUAGCCUUGGAAAAUAAUGUGCAGGAAGAUAAGAAUGAGAAUGGAGGCAAUCAAAUUGAUGAUGGCUUGCACUCUGAAAAUGUUGAUGACCAGGAAGAUGAGAAUGAGGUUGGAGGCAAUCCAAUUGAUGGUAGCUUAGACUUUCACAAUGUUGAUGACCAAGGAGAUGAGAAUGAGGUUGGAGGCAAUCAAAUUGAUAAUGCCUCUGGUUUUGAAAAUGCUGAUGACAAGGAAGAUGGCAAUCAAGUUGAUGAUGGGAUAAACUUUGAUCAUGUAAGUGGUGAUGCCAAUGACAUUGGUCCCUCUGAAACUGAUGAUGAUGUGGUUAGUGUAGUGAACGAAGAACCAAGUUCAUCUCUUCCGGUUGACAUAUUUGAUCCAAGAAACUGGGAGGAUUUAGAUCUUAAAUGGAAGGAUCUGCUAGUGGAAAAAGGUCCUAUAAGAGAUGUCCUUACAGGGAAAGGUCCCAAAAAUAAAUCAAAACGGUGUUUCUCCUCAGACUUCUACACUCGGAUUUUACCAAACGGUCAAAAGCACCAUAGAGAUUGGUUGGUAUAUUCGAAAACACUUGACAAAGCAUUUUGUUUUUGUUGCAAAUUGUUUAAAAGGGGGCCUCAACCAAGUCAACUAGCAAAUGAGGGAUACUAUGAUUGGGGACAUGUUAGUGGCAGACUUAAAGAACAUGAGACAAGUGCUGAGCAUGUCAAUUACUAUGCUAGUUGGUGUGAGUUGCGUAUCAGAUUAGAGAAAGGUACAACAAUUGAUCAUGGUAUUCAAGAACAAAUCAAGAAGUCAAAAGUGCAUUGGAGGAUGGUGUUAUGUCGAUUAGUUUCUAUUGUGAAAUUUUUGGCUAAACAGAACUUAGCAUUUCGUGGUAGUAAAGAGAAGCUUUUUGAGGAUAGCAAUGGGAAUUUCAUGGCUGCGGUUAAAAUGAUUGCUGAGUGGGACUUGGUGAUGAAGGAGCACAUUGAGAAAAAGGUACAUCAUCAUUAUCUUAGCCACAAAAUUCAGAACAAGUUGAUAUGUUUGCUAGCUUAUGAAAUCAAGAGUUCUAUUCUUAAAAAAAUUAAAGAAGCUAAGUUCUUUUCUGUGAUACUUGAUUGUACUCCUGAUGUUAGCAACCAAGAGCAGAUGACUUUGGUUAUAAGAUGUGUUGAUGUGUCUACAGGUCCGAUAAAAGUAGAAGAAUACUUUCUAGGAUUUUUGAAAGUGGAUGAUACAACAGGUCAAGGCUUGUUUGAAGAGCUGCAGAAUGUGUUGAAAAGUUUUGGUCUUGAUAUUGAUGAUGUGAGAGGGCAGGGAUAUGAUAAUGGGGCAAAUAUGAGAGGGAAACACCAAGGUGUACAAAGAAGACUGUUGGAUAUAAAUCCUAGAGCAUUAUACACCCCAUGUGGCUGUCAUUCUUUGAAUUUAACUCUUUGUGACAUUGCAAACUCAUGUGAAAAAGCGAAAGACUUUUUUGGAGUAAUACAACGGAUUUAUACAAUAUUUGCUCAUUCUACAAAGAGGUGGAAGAUGUUGGUAGACCAUGUAACGGUAAAAGGGUUAACUCUCAAAUCAUUGUCCACCACUCGAUGGGAAAGUCGUAUUGAGAGUGUGAAAGCCAUAGUACUUCAAGCUCCACAAGUCAGAGAAGCUUUACUUGAACUUGCAGAAGAAAGAGAUACCGACUCCAAAAUAAGAAGUGAAGCUAAGUCUUUGGCUACAUUUGAACUUGGAAAAUUUGAGUUUUUAUUGGGCAUGGUUAUUUGGUAUGACAUUUUGGGCAAGGUCAACAUAGUUAGUAAAUCCUUACAAUCUGAAAACAUGCUUAUUGACAUUGCUAUGACCAAGAUUAAGGGGCUUAUUGCUUCAUUUGAAGAGUACAGAGAAACCAGAUUCAGACAAGGCAUCAAUACUGCAAAAGAACUUGCUUCAUCAAUGAAGAUUGAUCCUAUUUUUCCUGACAAGAGACAUAUAUAUAGAAAGAGAAAAUUUGAUGAGCUUUCAGGUGAGUCUUCUCAAACACCUCAAGAAUCUGCUGAGGAAGCUUUUAGAAUUCAUUAUUUCUUAUACAUAGUUGAUCAAACAAUUGGAUCAUUGAAGAAAAGGUUUGAGGAAUAUGAAGAUCUUUUUGGAUUCCUUUUUACAUCUGAUAAGUUGAAUUCAUUGGUUGAUGAGGAUUUGAAGGCUCGUUGCAAGAAUCUUGAAAGGAAGCUACAAAGAAAAGAGGGCUCGGGACAAGCUGAUUCAGAUUUGGAUGGAGAUGAACUAUAUCAAGAAUUAAAGAUCAUACAACAUCAUCUACCAAAAGAAACAAAAACAGCAGGUGCAAUACUAAACUUUUUACAAAGAAUGAAUUGUUUCCCCAAUGCAUUCAUUGCAUACAAGAUAUUAUUGACUGUUCCAGUGACCGUGGCAUCUGCAGAGAGAAGUUUUUCUAAAUUGAAGUUGCUAAAAUCUUGUUUGAGAUCAACCAUGACUCAAACAAGAUUGAAUUCCCUUGGAUAUCACAUGGACGAUUCAGUUGAAAGACAAGGACAGACAAGGAUAGACUAUAGCCAAGGAGAGGAUCUUGAUCCUCUCUCAUAG